AUGUCUGGACACAUUUCAUCCGACCAUUCUCGCUCGGCAUCGAGGUCAUCGCAAAACCCACGGCUGUCUCAAGGGCAAUAUGAAUCGAUGCCUCGCCAGUCCUUCGGUCGCACAUCGCGCGUCUCCAACCCCAAUGUCUUCUCCGACGAAUACUCUUUAGAACCCAUCUAUGUCGACCAAAUUGAGCGCGCACCCAGCCCUACCUCCUCUGUCGCCUCUUCAACUACAUUAACCCACCCAUCUCAAAAAGCGGUUGGUGCGACCGCAGCAGACAACGAUGAUCCAUUCGCCGAUGAUGCCCAGUCUUCGGUUGACGAACCACAUCGAUCCAGCUUGCCCCAAAAGGGAGGAUUCGCUAACAACCGCAAUUCCAUCACAUCUCAAAACAAUCCUGCCUUUGCUGUGCAAAGAAACCAGAGUGUCUCUUCCCGCUUCUCUAUACCACGCGCCCUCAGCCCCUACAACGGCGCGACCGGGCCUAGCCAUCCCUACUCUAUGUACCCCCAGGUUGGUGUCAGUCGCUCCCCGAGUGUAGGAAGCACUUCGACAAUCCGUCCAAUCGAUCGCCCCUUAGGCGAAACAAGUGGCCCUCAGCAUCCAUAUGGAAUGUACUCGCAGAAUGUUGUUGAAGAAGGGAUAGACGACGAAAUUCCGGUUGGCUUUCCCGGUCUGAACUCACCAUAUCAGCCGCCCCCUAGUCGACGGAUUGAUGACGUGGGCGAUAUCAUUGGACCAGAUGGGCACACGGAGCCGUUACCUCCUUAUUCACGCUACCCUACAGGAGCCGUACCUAAACCUCCGGGUAUGGAGAUGGAGACCUUGGCGGAAGGCAACAACAGCCCUGUUGAUAUCCACCUACCACCACAGGAAGAACAGCAACUAAGCACGGCUACAAGGGAACAGCCGAUCUCAAAUACAUCAUCAAGAGCUCUGAUCCCUGAAACAUCCGCGAACAGUGGGCCUAAUUCAGGCCCGGCUGUGGCCGGCGCUACGGGUGCUACAGCAACCACAGGUAUCAUGGCAUUCGAGGAGAAACUCAAACAGAAAGGUAAAAAGAGAGUAUGCUGCGGUCUUCCUGUCUGGACCAUUGUCCUUAUUGCGACAGUCAUGUUGAUCGGAGGGUCCAUCGGUGGUGUGAUUGGUGGUGUUCUCGGCACGAGAAAGGCCCAGGAGGCCGACCGCAAGGCACAAGCCCAACAGCAGCAGGGCCCACAUAUUGUGACGGUAACUGCCUCGGCUCAGCUGGACUACUCAUCGUACACAAGUACGCCAACAAACUUUCAACCUGCGCCGACCGGCCAUUAUCUGAUUCCCUCUGUUUUACAAAACUACUCCCGCAUGUGUGUUGAGGAUCACGAUAUUAAGGAAGUCUGGAGCUGCCUGGAAGAACCGAAGGAUUUCGAGAUUUAUGUCGGAAGUUCGGAUGGCCAGCAGUCCAUCGUUUUUGCCAACGACGUUGCAACGGCCGCCUCUACCUUCUCUUAUGGAGCUCAGCAACCGAUCCUUCCUACUCCGACGCAAAAUCUGAGCUUGGUUAUGGAUACUAGCGACACAGACCUUGGUCCUGCCCUAUUUUUCUGGUCCUAUAUCGACAAGCUUGUCAUUCUCCCUGAGUCUGCUCUGGACUCUAGUUCUGCUUCGAAGCGAGACAUUCCAGCAGAGCUUUUGUCAAAUUACAUGGAACGAAAGAUGGUCGUUCAGUCAGGAGAGAAGCCUUGGUUCUGCUGGUGGAACCAAACGGUUAUGGAGUUUUUCCUCUAUGUCAAUCAGUCUGCAACAGAUACUUCUUUUGAUGCUACUGCUGUCACUGGUGGCAAUCUCGCGGCAAGCAUGGCUACCGCCCAUACCCAGUCGAAGCGUGAUGACAUUACCAACUACCCUCGAAUCAUCAAGAUGGAAGAACGGCGUGAUCAUGCAGGGGCCUCGUCACCAUAUUGUCAGCAAAUGCAGCUGAAUGAUGACCACAUCCAGACCAUUCCCAACAAAGUGUACUCAGUCCAGGAGAUUGAGCCUACGCCGACCACUACCUACAUCAACUCCGCCCAAGGCUCUAGUCAGACAUACACUGCGAAAGCACAGUGGGCAACACCAUGUUACUGUUUGUCCUUGUUUGAUUAG